AUGGCACUUUUAGGAGGUGCCGUCUGGGUGACAAGGAGUGACAAGAUGGCACUUUUAGGUGCCGUCUGGGUGACAAGGAGUGACAAGAUGGCACUUUUAGGUGCCGUCUGGGUGACAAGUAGUGACAAGAUGGCACUUUUAGGUGCCGUCUGGGUGACAAGGAGUGACAAGAUGGCACUUUUAGGUGGCCGUCGGGGUGACAAGGACAAGGGCUUCCAGCAAGGGGUUUCCAAUAGGGGCUUCCAGCAAGGGCUUCCAGCAGGGGCUUCCAGCAAGGGCUUCCAGCAAGGGUUUCCAGCAGGGGCUUCCAGCAAGGGCUUCCAGCAAGAGUUUCCAGCAGGGGUUUCCAGCAGGGGCUUCCAGCAAAAGCUUCCAGCAGGGGUUUCCAGCAAGGGCUUCCAGCAGGGGCUUCCAGUAGGGGCUUCCAAUAGGGGCUUCCAGCAAGGGCUUUCAGCAGGAGCUUCCAGUAGGGGCUUCCAACAGGGGUUUCCAGCAAGGGCUUCCAGCAAGGGCUUCUACCAAGGGCUUCCAGCAAGAGCUUCCAGCAAGGACUUCCAGCAAGGGCUUCCAGCAAGGGCUUCCACCAAGAGCUUCCACCAAGGGCUUCCACCAAGAGCUUCCACCAAGGGCUUCCACCAAGAGCUUCCACCAAGGGCUUCCACCAAGGGCUUCCACCAAGAGCUUCCACCAAGGGCUUCCACCAAGAGCUUCCACCAAGGGCUUCCACCAAGAGCUUCCACCAAGGGCUUCCACCAAGAGCUUCCACCAAGGGCUUCCAGCAAGGGCGUCCACCAAGGGCGUCCACCAAGAGCCUCCAGCAAGGGCUUCCAACAAGGGCUUCCACCAAGGGCUUCCACCAAGAGUCUCCACCAAGGGCUUCCACCAAGAGCUUCCACCAAGGGCUUCCACCAAGUCUCCACCAAGGGCUUCCACCAAGAGCUUCCACCAAGGGCUUCCAGCAAGGGCGUCCACCAAGGGCUUCCACCAAGGGCUUCCACCAAGGGCUUCCACCAAGGGCUUCCACCAAGGGCUUCCACCAAGAGCUUCCACCAAGGGCUUCCUUCAACCCUGGCGACUGCAGGGUUCACACACGCCCUCUGA